GAAAAAUCCAGCGAAGGUAAAAGGCGUCAGCGUCGGGGACCUGCUGCUUCAUCUGUGUGUAACCACGGCUACAACUUCGUCUUCGGAACAACAAGCAGAUGCAGAUGCGUCGAAGAAGACGCAGCUGAAGAAAAACUUCUACGCCACGGACCUGUUGAAAACCACCACUGCAAGCUGCGAGGUGGUGGAAUCUGUCUUGCGAAACGCGUUAGCAGACAGUGUUCGGACUGGCGGAACAAAAACCAAAGUCGCUUGGUUCUUUCUGCGGGAAAAGAAGAAGCUACAGCUUUAUGA